AUGAAUCCCAACGCUCCCAGCAUCCCGUCUCCGGUCGAGGCCGCCUGCUACUACUACGGCCUCCCCUCUAAGUCAGAGCUCGUUGCGCGUUCCAGCGUCGAGCCUUGGAUCGAGCCCUGGGGCAUCGAGACCUACCUCGACGCGAAGGAGCUCAAGCCCGUCGGUCCCCACGACCUGGACCGCGUCUGGGAGCCCACCGUCGCUUCCGCCAUCGAGGCGUACCUCGCGAGCCAGCAGGUGGCCUGGACGAGCUUGGACCCGGCGCGUAUCGGGUACGUUGGCGGCGAGUCUUUCCCCGUCAUCAUCUGGGUUGGGGUCGUCCCCGGCUCUCUCUCGGGCGCGAAGGGCGUCGAGGUCGCUCUCGGCUGCCGCUCCAUCUUGACGCGCAGUGGAGUCUCCGACGUCCACGUCGAGAUCCGUACGUCGGAGACGUCCCUCCAGGCGAAGCUGCACAAGCCCGUCUUCACCAGCGACCCCAUCGUCGAGGCCAUCGAGCCCUUCGCCACCACCCUCGGCCUGCCCAUUUGCGGCUCCGACACCCCCGACGUCGAGGGUACCGGCAGCUUCUUCUUCAUCGACCCUAAGCACCCCGACAAGCUCUUCCUCCUCACCGCUCGCCACGUCCUUUUCCACCCUGAUACCAUGACCAACGAGAAACACGCCCCGCUCGAGGCGACAAAGAAGGUCUUCCUACUCAGCGAUGCCGCCCUCCAGGAGCGGAUCGAGGCCAUCAAGUCGAAGAUCUGGGGCAAGGAUGCCCUUCUUACGUAUCUCGCAGCUCGGAAGCUUGCCGUUGAGGGACGUAAUGACGAGGAGGCCGAGAAGGAGAGGGCGUGUGUCGAGCGCGAGGAGGAGGACGCCAGGGGGGCGAUCGCGGCUCUCAACGAGUUUCUCCCCAACAUCACUCGCGACUGGGGCUCUCCGGCCGACCGCGCCAUGGGCCACGUCGUGCUCUCCCCGCCUCUCGAUUUCGGCGUCGGGCCUGAUCAGUGCACUGAGGAUUGGGCCGUGGUCGAGAUCGACCGCUCUCGCGUCGACAAGGCGAACUUCGUCGGCAACUGUAUCGAUCUUGGCACCUCCAUCUGCCCCGGCAAGUUCACCUUGUGGAUGCGCCCGCGCUCGCCCGACCCGACUUCGUUCAAGUACCCUGGGGACCGGUUGCUGAAGUUCUCUGGCACCAUCCCGGACGGCGAGAUGGGCAAGCCCGGCAACAAUACCCUCGUCCACGACCACGAACCCGACACCAUGGUCAUCAAACGCGGCGGCGCAUCUGGCUUGACGGUCGGACGCCUCAACACCAUCCGUUCCGUCGUUCGCUACUGCUUCCAGGGCGAGCCGGGUCAGCCGUCGAGGGAGGUCGCCGUCUAUCCACGCAACUCCGAGUCCGGCGUCUUCUCCAAGCGCGGUGAUUCGGGGUCGGUCGUGAUCGACGGAACGGGCAGGGUCGCGGGCAUCCUCACCGGCGGUGCCGGGACCACCGACUUGCGGUCGGACUGCACCUACGUGACCUCCAUCAACUUCCUCGUCAAGCGUCUGCAGGCGAACGGCUACAACCCCAACAUCUUCCCCACCGCCGCCGACCUCUGA